CCACUGCCACGUCGCCAUCUUUCGGCGGCUCGUCCUCCAUCUCCAAGGGUGGUUGUUUCGUCGAUGGAACCACCGCCGCCAUCACGUCAAACAACCGUCCCAUGCAGGAUCGCGCUAUCCGGAUGGAUCUUGAUGACGGCGGCAAGUGGCCGCGAUUUGAUUGGGCAAAAUCGACGUUAUCCUGAUUCAUCGGGGAUUAAAAACUUGUCGCAGCACUUGAACGCUGUAUGGAAGCACAAGCAUUUUAUUCCGUGGUUUGCUUCAAUGACGGGAAUUAAACAUCGCGUUGGCAUGACAGCAGACAUGUCUGGAUGCCAUGUCGAGGUAGAAGAGGUGCCGACGACAGCGCGCCGGAUGAGCGUCCAUUCCAUCAAGAGCGACUCAUAUUUCAUGGGGGAGAACAUUGUACGGAGCAUCGCCCCCCAACGACUCGUGCUUAUCAUGGUCGGCUUGCCUGCGCGGGGAAAGAGCUUUGUCGUGCGAAAACUGACCAAGUACUGCCAGUGGCUCAAUUUACCCACGCGGAUCUUCAACGCAGGGGAUUACCGUCGGCAAGCAAGCUUGAAGGGAGCUAGCGCUGCCUUUUUCGAUUCGAACAACGCGGAAGCUAAACAAAUUCGCGAUGACCUCGCCAUGACCGCCGUGGAGAAUCUCAUCCAAUGGCUUGAAGAAGGCGGCCAAGUCGCAGUUCUUGACGCGACGAAUACGACCAAGGAGCGCCGCGCGCUUGUUUGGGACAAAUUUAAGAACAUGGAGAACACGCAGGUGAUGCACAUUGAGCUCGUGUGCGACAACCCGGCGCUAUUGGAAGCCAACUACCUCAGAAAGCUAAAAAACGAAGACUACGCCGGCAUGGACCCGCAAGUUGCACUCGACGACUUCAAAAUGCGCGUCGAGCAGUACGAAAAGGUGUACGAAACCCUGCACGACUCGGAAAACGAUGGGAAGGUUUGCUACUGCAAAGUAUAUAACGCUGGGGAAAAGGUGCUUGCUCGGCUUUGCCAGAGCUUCCUACCGUCGCAAAUUGUGUCGUUCCUUCAGAACAUCCACGUCCACCCGCGAAAGAUUUGGCUUGUUCGUCCAGGCCCCAACGAAAACGGCAAGUUGGGCAUCCUUGGCGGCGACGAGGAGUUGACGGAGGAAGGCCACGUGAUCGGAGCGGCCCUCGGCAAGUUCAUGGCGAAUGCCGUGCAACAAAACAAGGGUUUUGUCGACGUGUGGUCGAGUCCGAUGAAGCGGGCGACGCAAACAGCUGCGUACAUUCACCACGACCACGUUACUCGCACAGUCACGACGACGCUGCUCAACGAAGUUGGCGGCGGUGACUUUGCCGGGUACACGUGCGAAGAGCUCCAGAAGGAAUUCCCACAGCACGUGAAGGCUCGACACAACGACAAGCUGUACUACCGAUACCCCGGAGCGGGCGGCGAAAGCUACAUGGACCUCAUCUACCGGCUCCGCCCGGUCGUGAUCGAGUUCGAGCGCAAGAAGCGCGACUGCCUCGUCAUUUGCAGCGAGUCCGUGCUGCGCUGCCUCAUGGGGUACUUUAUGGGGGUUGAUGCCCAACAAGUGCCGUACUUGCCAACGAAGAAAGGGGUCGUAUUUGAGCUGUCCCCGCACCGCGAUGGGUGCGAUAUCAAGGAGUUUGAGCUCGAGUACUAAUUGUUAAAAUGUUCCCACACGUUCACCUCGACGCGCUC